UGUUCCGUGAGACUUGUGGGUCGGAAACGUCGCAGGGCAUUUUGAGUACUGCGCAGUGUCGGGGCUGUUUCAGUCCCUGGAGUUCUGUUUGGCUUCGGGAGGGUUGCGGUGCUGCGGGCUUCCAGCCCACCGACGCCGCCAGCAUGUCAGGGGUGCGCGCUGUGCGGAUCAGCAUCGAGUCGGCCUGCGAGAAGCAGGUCCAGGAGGUGGGCCUGGAUGGCACCGAGACUUACCUGCAGCCGCUGUCCAUGUCGCAGAAUCUGGCGCGUCUCGCUCAGCGGAUCGACUUCAGCCAGGGUUCUGGUUCCGAGGAGGAGGAGGCGGCGGGGGCCGACGGCGAUGCUCAGGAUUGGGCGGGAGCCGGUUCCAGCGCCGACCAGGACGACGAGGAAGGGUUGGUAAAAUUUCAGCCUUCCCUUUGGCCUUGGGACUCAGUGAGGAACAAUUUGAGAAGUGCCCUGACAGAGAUGUGUGUUCUCUAUGAUGUUCUUAGUAUUGUUAAAGAUAAAAAAUUUAUGACUCUUGAUCCUGUUUCUCAGGACGCGCUUCCUCCAAAACAGAAUCCUCAGACAUUGCAACUGAUAUCCAAAAAGAAGUCACUUGCUGGAGCAGCACAAAUCCUAUUGAAGGGAGCGGAAAGACUAACUAAAUCAGUUACGGAAAAUCAAGAAAACAAGCUACAAAGAGACUUCAACUCUGAGCUCUUGAGAUUAAGGCAACACUGGAAACUUAGAAAAGUUGGAGAUAAAAUUCUUGGGGAUCUGAGUUACAGAAGUGCAGGAUCUCUUUUUCCCCAUCAUGGUACAUUUGAAGUAAUAAAGAAUACAGAUAUUGACCUGGAUAAGAAGAUACCUGAAGAUUACUGUCCCCUUGAUGUCCAAAUUCCUAGUGAUUUAGAGGGGUCCGCAUAUAUCAAGGUUUCCAUUCAAAAACAGGCUCCAGACAUAGGUGAUCUUGGCACGGUUAACCUCUUCAAAAGACCUUUGCCCAAAUCCAAACCAGGUUCACCACAUUGGCAGACAAAAUUAGAAGCAGCACAAAAUGUUCUCUUGUGUAAAGAAAUUUUUGCACAACUCUCUCGGGAAGCUGUUCAGAUCAAAUCACAGAUCCCACAUAUUGUGGUGAAAAAUCAAAUAAUCUCUCAGCCCUUUCCAAGCUUGCAGUUGUCUAUUUCGUUGUGCCAUUCCUCAAAUGAUAAGAAAUCCCAAAAAUCUGCUACUGAGAAGCAAAGUCCAGAGGACCACCUCUAUGUUUUAGAGCAUAAUUUGCAUCUUUUGAUUAGAGAGUUUCAUAAACAGACCUUGAGUUCCAUCAUGAUGCCUCACCCAGCAAGUGCACCUUUUGGCCACAAGAGAAUGAGACUUUCAGGUCCUCAAGCUUUUGAUAAAAAUGAAAUUAACUCAUUACAGUCCAGUGAAGGACUUCUGGAAAAAAUAAUUAAACAAGCAAAGCAUAUUUUUCUGAGGAGUAGAACUGCUGCAACCAUUGACAGCUUAGCAAGUCGCAUUGAUGAUCCUCAGAUACAGGCUCAUUGGUCAAAUAUCAAUGAUGUUUACGAAUCUAGUGUCAAAGUUUUAAUCACUUCACAAGGUUAUGAACAAAUAUGCAAGUCCAUUCAGCUGCAGUUGAAUAUUGGAGUUGAGCAGAUCCGAGUUGUACACCGAGAUGGAAGAGUAAUUACACUGUCUCAUCAGGAGCAGGAGCUGCAGGAUUUUCUUCUAUCUCAGAUGUCACAGCAUCAGGUUCAUGCAGUUCAACAGCUAGCCAAGGUUAUGGGCUGGCAGGUACUCAGCUUCAGUAAUCAUGUGGGACUUGGGCCCAUAGAGAGUAUUGGCAAUGCCUCUGCCAUAACAGUGGCCUCUCCAAGUGGUGACUACGCUAUUUCAGUUCGUAAUGGACCUGAAAGUGGCAGCAAGAUUAUGGUUCAGUUUCCCCGUAACCAGUGUAAAGACAUUCCAAAAAGUGAUGUUUUACAAGAUGGCAAAUGGAAUCAUCUUCGUGGGCCAUUCAAAGAAGUUCAGUGGAAUAAAAUGGAAGGUCGAAACUUUGUUUAUAAAAUGGAGCUACUUAUGUCUGCACUUAGCCCUUGUCUGCUAUGAUUUUUUUCCAGAAACCGACUUAAGAGGUUUGCAGAGCAACUAUAAGCACAAGGAAGAGAAAUCUUCCAAAGGAGUAUUGUUUUAAAAAAAAAUUAGUAAAUGUUUACCUAGAAGUUUGAAAUCUUUCACUUUAUAAGUGACAAGUACUUUGAAAUGCAGAAAUUUAUGUAGAGUUAUAGGUAUAUAAUAUGGGGAGAUGUAAAGUAAUACAUUUUUUUAAAUGCAGUUAAUUUGAAAAUGUUACUAAUUGAGGGGUUUGAAUUUGCCGUUUAAAAUAUCCAGUCUUUGAUGUUAGCAUCAAAUAAAGUAUGUAGUUAAAAAUCUCCAAUUUUUGCUAAGCUCUUAACAACCCAAAUGAAUUUUAUCUUUAAUCAACUUCUCAUUCCUUUGUUUCUUAAAAAUAUCACAUAAGAACAUUGAAAUACUCUAUCACCUAGCUUUCUUAUAGAACUUUGCUUGCACUGAUCAAGCGAGGCCCUGUCCAUGAAGUGUACAAUCACAUGACAGCAGAAGAGGCAGGUCCUUCCCUUUAAUUCUAGGCUCAUAGGGUGUGCUCCUGUAUUAGUAAGUGAAGGAUCUCUUCUCCAUUUGUCUUCUUUUGCAUGCCUUCGUCCAAGCAGGUAGUUUUAGAAAUUGUUCGGAAGGGGCAGCCGAAAGCAUGGAAAGCUGCAGAAUUGGGGCUGGAUGUAGUUCAGUGGCACAGUGCUUGCCUGGUAUGCAUGAAGCCCUGGGUUCAAUCCCAAACACAGAAAAAAAGGUAAACUGUACCUUUAGGCCUUCUUCCUGUCUUUUUUGUCUGUUCUUCCACUUGAGAGACUUCAUGAGCACUAAGCACAUGCUUAUGCCCAGCUCCCUGUUGUGCUUCUCCAGCCUCCCUACAGUGGCCCUUGGAUUACUUCUUCUAAUUAUAGUCUUUUCCAUUGGCUGUCUGCUUUAUCAAGGAAAAAAAAAGUAAUGGAUUAAUGGGUUGAUUUUUCCAAGUAACAUGUUGGUACUUCAUGGAAAUAGUAACCCAGUCCUAAAGUAUGCCUAAAGAAUUCCCAUUAGUAAGAAAUUUAGGCUUCUGUGCUUUUCAAUUUUCACUGAAAAUAACAUCAUGUAGUAAGGUCUUCUUAGAAGUGAAGCUUUCAAUUUUUAAAAUGUUUUGCUUUAAUAAUUUAUAAGAUUGGCAGUAAUAAAAUCCUUUGUAUUUCUCCACCUUCUUUUUGUGGUACUGGAGAUGAACCCAGGGAUGUCCUACCAUGGAGCUACAUUUCCAGCCCUUUUAAUACAUUUUAUUUUUUAUUUGAAACAGGGUCUCACUAAAUUGUCCAAAUUGGCCUCUAACUUGCAAUCCUCCUGUCAGCCUCCGGGACUGCUGGUAUUAAAGGCCUACACCACCACCUUCUCUACUUCUUUUUCUUUAAAAGAAAAGUGAAGCGGGGUGCCAUGGUACAUACCUGUAAUCUUGGCAACUCGGGAGACUUCUGAAGCAGGAGGAUCAUAAGUUCAAGACCAACUUGGGCAAUUUAGGGUGACCCUGUCUGAAAAAUGAAAAGGGCUGGGGAUGUAGCUCACUGGUAGAGUGCCCCUGGGUUCAAAGCCCAGUACGAGGGGUGGUGGGUAAUGAAGAUUGUAGGCCAUUAUAUAAUACCUUUUGCUUUUGUUUGCUUUUUUCCUCUUCUCAUGAAGGUAUUGCAUCUUGACCUAGUGAUGUAGUUCAGUGAUUGAGCAUUUGCUUACAUGCUUAAGACCCUGGGUUUGAUUUCCCAUGAAAAUGUAAAGAAUUGGUAUUAUCAGUUAGUUAUUUCAAAAUAUUUUUGGGCCAGGCACAUGCCUAUAAUCCUAGUGGUUCAGGAGACUGAGGCAGGAG